GUGGGGGGUACAGCGUGUGCCCUCGGUAGCCGUUGACGCCUCGCACAACCCCGCGCGGGUUGGCGGGUGAUUUCUGCGUUGCCGGAUGUGUGUUGGCGUUUACGCCCCGCUGUGUGUUUUCAUUCUGGUGUCUCUCUGUGUCUGUGCGCUGUUUUCUGCCCUGCCCCGUCCGAUGGCCCCCGGCGUCCGCCCCCCCGCCCCGCCUCGUCCCGUGCCCGCGCAGCAUAAGCUGAAGUCUUCGCAGAGGGACAAGGUACGGCAGUUCAUGUCCUUCACGCAGGCCGGGGAGAAGACGGCCGUGUACUGCCUCACGCAGAAUGACUGGAAGCUGGAGGUCGCCACGGACAACUACUUUCAGAACCCAGAGCUUUACUGCAAGGAGUCCAUGAAAACCUCGGUGGACCGGAAAAGGCUGGAGCAGCUCUACAACCGAUACAAAGAUCCCCAGGACGAGAAUAAGAUCGGCAUCGACGGGAUCCAGCAGUUCUGCGACGACCUCUCGCUGGACCCGGCCAGCAUCACCGUGCUGGUGGUGGCGUGGAAGUUUCACGCCGCCACUCAGUGCGAGUUCACCAAGAAGGAGUUCCUGGACGGCAUGACCGAGCUGGGGUGCGACAGCCCAGAAAAGCUGAAAGCCCUGUUGCCCAGAUUAGAGCAGGAGUUGAAAGACAGCGGGAAGUUCAAAGACUUCUACCAGUUCACUUUUAACUUUGCCAAAAACCCCGGACAGAAAGGUCUCGAUCUGGAGAUGGCCGUAGCCUACUGGAACCUGGUUCUGUCCGGACGAUUUAAGUUCCUCGAUCUUUGGAAUAGGUUUCUUUUGGAACACCAUAAACGAUCCAUCCCAAAGGACACGUGGAACUUAUUGUUGGACUUUGGUAACAUGAUCGCAGAUGACAUGUCUAACUACGACGAAGAAGGUGCGUGGCCGGUCCUUAUAGAUGACUUUGUGGAAUUCGCCCGACCGAUUGUUACAGGAUCCAAACGCAAGACUCUCUAAGUCCCACGCCGACUCUGGAAAGCCAGAACAUUGUUUCUUUUACAGCGACAUCAUAGUUUUUUUUAAGACUUGUACAAAAAAGAGAAAAAGUGGAAAAACUGUAGACUUCGGAGAGCAAACGGAAGCACUUGAAACCGUCUUUCAGGGAGCUGAGUUGAUGAAACAACUGGCCGCGCCUCGCGUCUCCUUCGAGACGGAGGCCUCGUACGGACAUUGCCAGCCUCUCAGCGUCCUGGAGGGCCCGCCGCUCUGCUCCGGGGAGGAGCGCCACAGCCUCACCGCUGGGCCAACGGGGACGCAGCACCGGGACGAGGCUCAGGCCGCUGUGCGUCCUUUAAAUGGACAGGACAGGAGAGGGCUGCGUGUUUUAAGAUUCUUCCAAGUCAUCUUUUGUUUUGGUAUGUGAAGCUCUGCGCGACUGUGCAAACAUCCCAUGUCUUAGCUCCAGCGUUGGGACGAGAGUGCUCGCUACACCAGCACCGACAGAACUGUUGCAGUUUUUAACUGUACAUACUGUAUCUAACGGGACAGAUAACAGAGAGCUAUACGAAGAAUAAUAUAAUUAUGUUCAGUUUAUAAAUGCAAAAGAUGAUUGUUUUAUGUACAGUAAAAUGCUCAGAUCUCUGAACAGGGGAUGCCUCGAUAUCGUGGAUAAUAAUGCUGUUGGUUUAAUUGUUCGGUGGAUGUCCAGUCAAGGAAUUGUGAGCUCAUUGAAAGCAUGUUCUAAAAAAAAAAAAAAUCAUUUUACGUCACCUCGCCUGGUUUCAGAAAUAAAGUUUCACUAAAGUAAAGUCAGUGCUUUGAUUUAGACGUUAACUAACGCUGGUUCAUCGGUCCGAGUGGUUCAAGUCCUGGAUAGGCAGGGGCCGGUCACACCGAGGUUUAAAAACCUUUCGGUUUCAGACCUACUGAAACUUUACGUCCUGCGGUUUAUAUUGUUUAAACUCAUUUAAGGUGCUGGACGGAGUACCCAAGUGAGCGCUGCCGGUCAGCUGGCAUAGAAAAAAGGCUACUACAUGUUUCUAAUAGUUGCAUAGAAAGACUAAUUCCACUGAUUAAAAAAAA